GCGGGGCGGACCCCGCCAAGAUGCAGCGGCGGCUCCGGGUGUCGCCGGGCGGGCAGGGGGCAGCGCGGGCCGGAGCCGGGCAGGGGGCGCCCCCCGCGGCCCCCGCGCACUCCUAGCGCCCCAGACGGCCGGCGGACUCCGACCGUCCUUGCCACCGUCCCGCCCGCCGUCUCCGCCCCUCCACCCUUUGUGCCGCCGCCGUCCGGUGCCCCCGGCUCCGCAGGACCCCGGCCGGGCCGGACGCCGCGGCGCGCUAGGCCCGCGUGGGCGCCGGGUCGGCGGCCGAUGGCGAGGGGGCGCGGCGCGGGCGGGGGCGCUGCAGCCCGAGUCCGCGACGCGGGAGGCCCGGCCGGCCUCCGCCGCAUUGUCCCGGGCCCCGCGCCCCGGCCCUGAGCCGCGCCGCCGCAGCGCCCGCCUGCCGCCCGCCGCCCGCGGGGCCAUGCGGAGAGCCGCCGGGAUGGAGGACUUCUCCACAGAGGAAGAGGAGCCCUGGUACGACCAGCAGGACCUGGAACAGGACUUGCACUUGGCCGCAGAGCUGGGGAAGACCCUGCUGGAGAGGAACAAGGAGCUGGAGGAGUCUCUGCAGCAGAUGUACUCCACCAAUGAGGAGCAAGUACAGGAGAUCGAGUACCUAACCAAGCAGCUGGACACGCUGCGGCACAUGAAUGAGCAGCAUGCCAAAGUGUACGAGCAGCUGGACCUGACAGCCCGAGACCUGGAGCUGACCAACCAGAAGCUGGUGCUGGAGAGUAAGGCUGCCCAGCAGAAGAUCCAUGGGCACUGGGGAUACAGCGAUGGGGAUACAGAGACCGUCCCGCCCUCUGGGAGCUCACAGCCCGGGAGGGAAGACAGGCAUGUAAAUACUUUAUUGCGGUGCAGGAUGGCUGACAGAGACCAUCGAGCGCCUACAGGCCCAGGUGGAGGAGCUGCAGGCCCAGGUGGAGCAGCUGCGGGGCCUGGAGCAGCUGCGGGUGCGCCGAGAGAAGCGGGAGCGCAGACGCACCGUCCACACCUUCCCCUGCCUCAGGGAGCUGUGCACCAGCCCCCGGUGAGCCAGGAGCGGCAGCGCAAGGAGCGGGCGGAGCGCGAGUACGCGGUGGUGCUGCAGGCGUACUCGGAGCUGGAGCGGCAGCUGUGCGAGAUGGAGGGCUGCCGCCUGCGCGUGCAGGAGCUGGAGGCCGAGCUGCUGGAGCUGCAGCAGAUGAAGCAGGCCAAGACCUACCUGCUGGGCCGGGAGGACCACCUGGCCGAGGCCCUGCUCGCGCCCCUCACCCAGGCCCCCGAGGCCGAUGACCCCCAGCCCGGCAGCGGGGACGACUCGGCUGCCCAGGACGGCGUCUCCUCGCCGGCCGCCUCCCCGGGCCACGCUGUGCGCAAGAGCUGCAGCGACACGGCGCUCAACGCCAUCGUGGCCAAAGACCCCGCCAGCCGGCACGCGGGCAACCUCACGCUGCAUGCCAACAGCGUGCGCAAGCGCGGCAUGUCCAUCUUGCGGGAGGUGGACGAGCAGUACCACGCGCUGCUCGAGAAGUACGAGGAGCUGCUGAGCAAGUGCCGACAGCACGGCGCCGGGGUGCGGCAUGCCGGCGUGCAGACCUCGCGGCCCGUCUCCCGGGACAGCUCGUGGAGAGACCUUCGUGGGGGCGAGGAGGGCCAGGGGGAGGCCAAGGCAGGGGAGAAGAGCCUGAGCCAGCACGUGGAGGCUGUGGAUAAGCGGCUGGAGCAGAGCCAGCCCGAGUACAAGGCGCUUUUCAAGGAGAUCUUUUCCAGGAUCCAGAAGACCAAGGCCGACAUCAGUGCCACCAAAGUCAAGACGCACAGCAGCAAGUGACCCUUUCCCCGCCUGCAGCCUCCCCCAGGGUCCGGCCACAGGGCCCCUCCUGCCUGGGCCACGCAGCCUCUGGUGAGGGAGGGAGCCCAUCAGCAGCAAUACGGCCCAGGGGAGGCUGCUCUCUGGCCCAGGGAGUGUGGGGGGGACGCAGCUUGUUCUCAGCUCACUCCGGAGGUGGCCAACCUGUAAUACAUCUGGCCUCCCAGGAUCCUCCUCCACCCUGCGUCAGCCCAAAGACGCAGCUAAGAGUUGCAAAGCCAAACGUGUGCGCGCCACCGCCCCCCCCCCCCACCCCCCACCCCGGAUUCCCAGCUCCCCAGCCCUUGGCUUCCUGACCCUGGGCCUUGUUCACAGAUUUGUGGCCAAGCUUCUGAAAGUCAUUCUGGACCACUUGGCUUUUUUCUUUUUUCUUUUUUUUCUAAGUUUUGUUUUUUGUUUUGAGAGAUUUGCAAUGCAAGGUCUCCCUGACCCCUUGCCACAACUGAAAACACUUGAAGGGGGAUCCCAGAGCCAGCUGUUGCAGGUUCUAGGGGUCUCCUGGACCACCCACUGCUUCUCCCCAGCUGCGACGCGCUGUCAUUCCCUUAGCACCAGCUGUCCCACGCCCAGGGUCCUGACCAGGUCAGAGACGGCCCCUGCAUGGAGAGCAGAAUGCCUCAGCCAGACCUGGAGUGCCCCCCACUUCUCCCUGGAGACCAUCAGCCCACUGCAGAUCUGUAGCCAAUCAGAGGAGGGGAACAGGGAGCCCCUCAGCAGCCAUACAUGAACAGUGCGCCCUGCUUCCCUCAGAGCCAGUCUCCUCAGGCUCCAGCCCUGGAAAUGCCUUCUGGCCAUUAAGCCUUCCAGGAGUCUGGGCGGUGGGGAGCCCCCAUCUCUGCACGCCACCUCUGACUUGCCAAGCUUGGCCUCUGCCUGCCCCCAUCUCAGGGACCAUGAUGUGUCUCAUUCACUCCCAUGCUCCCCACAGGCCGACCCCUCCUCAGAUCAUGCCUGCUACCCCCAGAAUAUCCCAAGAGUGUGCCACCAGCCAAUGGUCCCAGCAUCUGCCCGUGCCCCCUUUCAGUGGGGACUGCCCAAGAUUCCCACUCUAUACUGAACAGUAUUGAAAUGGGACCUGGUGGAGAGCAUGUCUCCUCUCCCAUAGAAUGCCUGUUCUUAAGCUCUCACCUUUGUGGGGGGCUUUUGAGGACCCACCUGGGUCACAGGUUAAACCUUUUAUUAAGGCUUCAGAAAGUCCAGCUUCAGCUAAGAGAUGUCCAGGUCCCCAGCUUGCCCUGAGCAGUUCUUCAGGGUUUCCAGUUCAUUCUACCACCCAUCCUGAGAUCCUAGAAAUUGGAGGAGCCACACAGCCUGGUGGAAGGGGGGAGCCCUGGCCUCUGUGCUGGGAACCCAGGAGGGACCUUCAUGCCUUAUCUGUUUCUAAGGGGUAAAGGGGUUUUCUUAACAAGCAUGCCCAACCUUCCUGGAGGCGCUACCCUGCUCUCUGGGCAGCACUGUGAUGAGCGCUGUCGGCUGGUCCUUCCGUUCACACAUCUUGGAACCCUUUGUCCUUUGGAGCUGGGCAGCUCCCAGCCCUCCCUGUGUCUCUGUCAUCUAGAGUGGAGGGGAUAGGGUGGGGGAAGGGCUCCUCCUGUUUGCUCCCCAGUUCUGUAGCGGGCCGACCAGCGUCACCUUUGAAGUAUACACGAGAGAAAUAUAUUUACAAAUGCUUUAUUCUCUUCUUUAAUAAAAAAUGCACCAGUAUUCUAAAAGCAGAAA